AUGCUCCGAUUCCUGCUUGGAUUUGCUUUUGGCAACCUGGUUGGAAUGCAUCUGGCUCAGAAUUAUGACAUACCACACCUGGCUAAAAAACUUAAAGAAAUCGAAAAGGACUGGUAG